UAUAAAAGUAUCCGAUGUGGCACAUGUACAUGCAAAGUCAAAACUUGCCGGCGAGUAAGACAUGGCUGCUUCUCCGUCACUCUCUUGCGCUCACUUCCAUGCAUCCGCGUUACGCCGGGCGCAGGGCGCAAAGAUGUAUGAGAGGAAUUGAAACUGCGCGUCCUAUGGGGGAAAACUGUCUCAGGGAAGUGCAAGCGGCACCCAAGAGAAAAAUCGGCUGAAAAAUGAGAGUCAAUGGCAGUGCCCUGAACGGCACCUUGAAUAUUCCCAAGGAACUGACGCUGGACCGGCCUCCCUGGGUGCCCACUGCCUUGGCUGGCAUCCUCAUCUUCACCAUCGUGGUGGAUAUUCUGGGCAACCUCCUGGUUAUCCUCUCAGUCUUUAGGAACAGAAAGCUGAGGAACGCAGGGAAUAUGUUUGUUGUUAGUCUGGCUGUUGCGGACUUGGUGGUCGCCAUCUACCCAUAUCCCUUGGUGCUGACAUCAAUAUUUCACAAAGGAUGGAAUUUGGGAUACCUUCACUGCCAGAUUAGUGGAUUUUUAAUGGGAAUAAGUGUUAUUGGAUCCAUAUUCAACAUUGCCGGUGUUGCAGUGAACCGUUAUUGUUAUAUUUGUCAUAGCCUCAAAUAUGACAAGUUGUACAGCGACAAGAAUUCUUUGUUUUAUGUCAUUCUGAUUUGGGUGCUAACCUUCAUUGCCAUUGUGCCAAAUUUAUUUGUUGGAUCAUUACAAUACGAUGCCAGAAUCUACUCGUGUACCUUUACACAGUCCGUUAGCUCAGCAUAUACCAUAGCAGUUGUGUUUUUCCACUUUAUCCUCCCAAUAACCAUAGUAACUUUUUGCUAUUUACGUAUAUGGAUCUUGGUUAUUCAGGUAAGACGAAGGGUGAAGCCAGAUAACAAACCCAAGCUGAAACCCCAUGAUUUCAGGAACUUUGUAACAAUGUUUGUAGUUUUUGUACUGUUUGCAGUCUGCUGGGCACCACUGAACUUCAUAGGUCUUGCUGUUGCUGUGAACCCGGAUACAAUUUUACCCAGAAUUCCAGAAUGGUUGUUUGUUGGCAGCUAUUACAUGGCAUAUUUUAACAGUUGCCUUAAUGCUAUCAUUUAUGGUCUCUUAAACCAAAAUUUUAGACGAGAGUACAAAAGAAUUAUUAUCUCCAUUUGUACAGCAAAGGUUUUCUUUCAAGAAAGUUCUAAUGACGGGGUAGAGAAAAUGAAAAGCAAACCAUCUCCAAUGCUAACAAACAAUAAUCUAGUAAAAGUUGACUCAGUUUAGGGGAAAAAAGGAAUUCUUGCAAAUGAUAGUAUACAGGUAUGGGACCUGUUAUCCAGAACGCUUGGGACCUGGGGAUUUCCGGAUAAGGGGCCUUUGCGUAAU